CUUUGCAACCAUAAAAGUUGGUUGGCUUGCAUUAUUUUAUACAUAGCAAACUCCUGCAUCAUUCUCCGAAACACCACCACCCACGUUACAGAGCUCUUUCUUUUUUACCACUUUGCUCACACACGGCGCGUGCACGCGGAAUGUCCGUCGAAACAAAGUUCCGAUCUCUUAAUAAACGCGCUGCAGAAUGUCAGCGACAGGUUGAAAGGCUAAACCACGUUGAGUCUAUACGUGCUCGAGAGGAUGUUGCCAGCCACAUUAGAAGCGAUCUUUUAGAACUAGAAACAGACAUCAAGGCCAUUCGAGAACUAGCAGAAGAGGAUGAAGACUCGUCCAAAGUUCAAAUCUUGCACAGACUGUCACAAUAUGAGACUCAGUUCCGACAAUUACAAACAACAUCACGUGCUGCACUGUGGCAAUCCAAAAAACGACUUGAUGAGCAAACCCAGAAAAUGCGCCAGGAGCUGUUUGGGGGUCUGCAAAAGGGCGACAAGAGCUUUACUGAACAAUUCGAACUGAAACAACGAAGAAAUCGUGGACAAGACCAAUCACUCUUGCGCGCAUCAACGGAUGUCACCGAGGCACUGCGGCGCACGAGCACAUUGAUGCAGCAGGAGCUGGAAAAGAGCACAUACACCACAACCAUGCUUGCUGAUUCGUCAAGGACUUUGGGAACGACCUAUACAGAAUAUCAAAACUUUGGAUCGUUAAUGGUGAUAUCAAAAAGAUUGGUUGGUCAACUCGAGGCAGCGGAUUGGUGGGACCGACUAUUAUUACUGUUUGGAUUAUUUGUCUUCAUCACCGUGGUGGCGUAUAUCAUCAAAAAACGGACGUAUGACGUCGGUAUAUCGUGGGUGAACUGGAUCGCUGGUAAAGGCGCUAAGGCGGCAGCAGCAGCAACAAAAACAGGAACCACGUCAACCGCCAUGAUGGCAACUGCCUCACCUUCAGCAGCCAUGACAACGGGAGAUGCGACCAACGUAGUCACUGAAACGUUAGCACAAGUAUCCGGUACUCUCUUAUCCGAAAUCAUUCCCUUAUCAUCGUCAUCGUCAUCCAGUAUCGCUUCUGCUGCUGCUACUCCUUCUUCAGAGAUAGCAACAGUGGUAACGAAAAAAGCCGUUAGCGUUAUAACUGAAACACUAGCAGAAGCUUCCAACGUUUUGUUGCCCGAUGAACUGAUUAGCAGCGCAACCAUACCCUCAUUUGUAACUACUGCAACCGAACAUAUUAAAGAUGAACUGUAAUAAUUUUUGUUGUGCAUCAAUAAUUGGAAUGGGGCUGUGUAUGUUUUUUGUCAAGUUAGUUAUGUCUGGUAAACAGGUAUUUAUCACCACCUAUAA